CAUGUUGAUGUAGAAGAGACAUGAAGAAGAGGGGACACAUGUUGUAAAGAAAAUGCAAUAAAAGGGAUAGAAGAGAUUAGCUGAAGCACAGAGCGUAUGUGGCGGGGUUAAAACCUUUACUCCUGCCCCCCCGAGGGAGCCCCCCCGGUGGGGUGUCCAAGGCUGUGUCCCACAACAUCUGGUAAAAGACCUGAGCGAUGGCCUCUGCAGGCAGGGGGACGAUGGAGGUGGUGGCGCUCGGACGGCCUUUCAGUCUUGGGAUGUUGUACGACUGCCGCAACGACUCACUCGUCCCUGGAAUGACUUUGUGGGACCGUGAGGACCUUAAAAAGAAUAGGAGUGUAAGACCACAGAGCUAUAAUAAUUUUGAUAUAGUUGCAUCUGAAUCAAUUGAGGACAAAUCUUCAGCACUAAAUGUUGAAGCAUCUCUGAAGGCGAGUUUCUUGGGUGGACUGGUAGAGGUUGGUGGAUCAGCCAAAUACCUGAACGAUACUAAGACUUCCAAAAAUCAAUCUAGAGUAACACUGAAGUACCAAGCUACCACAAAGUUCCAAGAACUGUCCAUGAAUCAUCUUGGGAGAGACAAUGUGGAUCAUCCAUAUGUAUUUGAUCAAGGAAUAGCAACACAUGUAGUCACAGGUAUCCUUUAUGGCGCACAAGCCUUCUUUGUCUUUGACCGUGAGGUGUCUGUCAACGAGAACCAUCGAGACAUUCAGGGCAACUUGAAGGUGAUUAUCAAGAACAUUCCCUCCCUGUCAAUAGAGGGUGAAGGCUCGCUGAAAAUGGAAGACAAGGACAAAGCAAAUGAUGAGAAACUGUCCUGCAGAUUCUAUGGAGACUUUUUCGUUCAGAAACCUCCUACAACCUUUCAGGAGGCAGUAGAGGUGUACCAAAGUCUGCCAAAGCUGCUGGGAGCCAACGGGGAAAACGCAGUACCAGUGAAGGUCUGGCUGUUGCCUCUGACAUGUUUAGAUUCUACUGCCGCUAAACUUGUCCGUCAGAUAAGUAUAGGAUUAGUUGAAGAAUGUCAGAGUGUCCUGGAGGACUUCAGUGACCUGGAGAUGAGGUGCAAUGAUGCACUGAGAACCAAAACUGCACAGCAGUUCCCAGAGAUUGGAGAAAAACUCAAAACCUUCAAACAGAAGUGCUCUCAGUUCAAACUGGAAUUCCAACGAAACCUGGCAAAUAAACUUCCAUCAAUCCGAGGAGGAGGAGAAGAAGAAGCUGUGCUCGCAGAGGAACUGAGGAAGACAUGUUCUUCUCCUUUCAACAGCAAGGACCUGAACGAGUGGAUGGACUGUAAGGAGAGAGAAAUCUACACCGUGAUGUCUCUGACCGACAUGAUGACAACCACCAAGAUCAUCUCAUCUCAAAUAGACCUGUACAAAGAAAGCUUCAAAGCAGAGCAGGCUGUGUGUUUUGUCUUCACCUCGCUGGGAAGAGAUGAACCGUACCUCUCAACUUUAUCAAACUACCUUCAGCAAACACCCAAACCAGACGAUGCCCAAGAUCCACACCCUCCAGAUCAAUGGUACAACUCAAGAAGAACAUUUAAAGCAAUGCGGCAUAAAGCAAAGCUCUUCAGUGAUUUUGCAGAGGCCAACAAGGAGAACAAGAACAUCACAUUUCUGACGGUGGGUUUAACAAACGAGACACAGAAAGGUGCCAGCAUCUACCUUUACACAGACGGCUUUUCUGUCAACGAGAACUUUGAGCCGCCUUCAAAGCCUGCAGCAGUAACAGGAAGUGAUAUAAACCACAACAGUGUGACGCUGGAGAUUUCUCCACCCAGAUUUGGAGCAGAGGACAUCACCUCCUAAUCUGUUGAGUACUGUGUCAGAGGAGAGGACGG